GAAAGAGAAGGUUUGGCGGGUCUCAGCUCCCCCUCGCCCCCAGGCUCCCACUCCGUGAGGCAUUUCAGCACCUCUGUGUCCCCCCCGGCUGCCGGGAGCCCCGCUUCAUCGCGGUGGGUUACCUGGGGGACAAGCAGCUCCUGCGGUUCGACAGCCACGCCGCGUGUCACAGGAUGGAGCCGCGGGCGCCGUGGGUGGAGCAGGCGGGGCCGGAGUAUCGGGAGGAGGAGACUGGGAAUGAAGGCCCAACACAGACUUUCCGAGUGAACCUGCGGACCCUGCACGGCCGCUACAACCAGAGCGAGGCCGAUAACUCUCCUGAUCCUGUUUGCAUUCCAUCAUGGCAUCUUAAGCUCAUCCCUGAGGAACAACAUGAGCUCCCACUGCCAUCCCCGCGGAAAUCACAGGAGAGCCCCAAAUCCGAUGGACCAACUUCUGGAUGACCAUAUUGUCCAUCUCCCUAAUCAUAACUCUUCUGGCUGCCAUGCUUCUCACCACCACGGCAGUUUCCCCCAACCUCCUCCCCCUCCUCCCCCUCUUCCCCAUUCUCCUCGCCAUCCUGUUAAUGAAAGCCCACUUCAUACACCUCUCACUUUUACUCAAAUUUAUCAACUUGUGUAUAUGGCUUGUCAUA